AUGCCCUCACUUGCAAAGCUCUUCUCCCUUCGCUCCCCCCUUGGAAUUUUCGAAAAGCACGGGCCUGACAUAGCCGCCCCAGCUGCCGAGAGCAACAAGUCGCCCAUCCCGUCACAACAGGUUGCAAGUGAGAAGCAGGAGCAGGAGAAGCUCAUAUGCGCCAAACUCAGUCGUUUCGCCCAGGUCCCAGUCUCGGCUAUCUUCGUAUUGGAACCCGGAUGGAACCCUAGCGGUCUUUCUGAUGAGCAGGCUUCCCUGAUCCUCAAAACUCACGGACCUAACAUACCGAUGGCGGAACAUCGUCUUGCUGCGAUACGCAUGCUCUGGGGGGCCAUUGCCAAUCCGUUCAACCUCCUUUUGACUAUCCUCGCCAUUAUCAAUGCUGCCACUCAGCAGAUUCCUACGUUCGUAGUCAUGAUGGCAAUGGUUGUCGCUUCGACCGGCUUAAGAUAUUGGCAAGAAUUGAAGUCCACGAUUCAAGCAGUCAAUUUGAUCAAGUCAGUCACGACGAAUACUCGCGUCCUUCGUCAUCGAAGCUCCGGUUCGGAAGAGCUCGAAAUCGAUCAGCGGAAUGUAGUUCCAGGUGAUAUCAUAAGUGUCACCAGCGGCGAUGUCUUCCCUGGUGAUUGUGUUCUCAUUACGGCCGAGGCUAUCACGAUCACACAGGCCUCGCUUACGGGAGAAAUGAUGCCCAUCGAGAAAACCGUGCGCCUUACUGCCUCGCGUCCCGGAGAAACGUUUGAUUUACUACACAAUAAUAAUGUUUGUCUCGCGGGCACAUCUGUUGUCACAGGCAAUGGAUACGCGCUCGUCGUCUCGACUGGCAAGGAUACCUACAUGGCUUCUAUCGCCACGGAGCUCUCCAAACGACGACCGGAAAAUGCUACUCAAAUUGGCAUCAGGAAAGUCAGUUAUGUCUUGUUGGCCUUCAUGGGCGUUAUGGCCCCGAUUGUGUUCAUCAUCCAGGGUGCUAUUAGUAAGAACUGGAAGAACGCGGUCAUGUUCGCGAUUGCCAUUGCAGUCGGCAUUACGCCAGAAAUGUUGCCAAUGAUUGUGACAUCUAACCUUGCGCUGUCUGCUGUUCGUGUGGCACGCAAAAAAGUCAUUGUGAAGCGUUUUGAUGCCAUCCAGAACCUUGGCGCCAUCCAGAUUCUCUGCUCAGACAAAACAGGGACGCUUACUGCUGACCUCGUGCGCAUCUCAAUGUCCGCGACGGGCACGGGAGAACUCUCACAACUUCCCAUUAAGUUGGCCUAUAUCAAUUCCUCUCUGCAGACUGGUUCUCGUAGUCCGAUCGACCACGCAAUUGUCGACUUCGUCAAUCAAAGUGAGCAGGACAUCUUCACAGACAUUCCCGGAGACGGCUGGGUCAAGCAGGGCGAAAUUCCUUUUGAUUCGUCACGCCGCCUUCUGUCGGUCUUAGUUUCGCGACCCGGUGGCGAUGGCACUGAAGGACUCCUAAUCACAAAGGGUGCAGUAGAAGAAGUCUUGGACCGGUGCGUGUCAGCCUACAACCACCAGCUGCCUCCUUCCUCAAAUGCCUCGGGACCGUUUGGUUUAUCCCCUUCGAUGAUGCCAAUCCUCACAGCAGACGGGCGACAAAAGAUUCUUGAUACUGCCCAGCGUUUGAAUGAGGAGGGGUUGCGUCUUGUCGCUGUGGCCUACCGAGAGCAGUUCAUCAAGCCGUUCAUGACCAUAUCAUGCUCUGACGAGAGCGAACUUACUUUCAUCGGAUUCAUCGGGCUUCUUGAUCCAUUGAAACCCGAUGCCACCCAGGCAAUCAAAGAUUUGGCCGCAUUGAACGUGCAGGUUCGAAUCCUCACUGGUGAUGCUCCUGCAGUGGCUGCGAAGGUGGCUCGCGACCUCGGGAUUAUACCAUCUCGCCAACAUUCGUCGAACACGGUGGAUGAGAAGGAUGUGGAGGCGUCUCUCUCUUCCAACAGCGAGGAAGGGCUCGUUCUCACUGGCACCCAGCUUGAAGCCCUUGCAGAUGAUCAGGAUGCUUACAAGGACGCCAUUGAUCGCUGCAUCAUCUUUGCUAAACUCUCGCCUUACCAGAAGCUCGAGGUCGUGAAAGCCCUGCGCGCAGGGUGGUGGUGGCAGAGCAACGUCGGGAUCUCGGUGGAUUCCGGAACUGACAUUGCGAAAGAGGCAGCAGAUGUGAUCUUACUUGAGAAGAACCUGGCUGUAGUCGCUGACGGUGUGAUGGAGGGGAGGAUUACGCUCAUGAACACACUGAAGUACAUCAAGAUGGCGACCUCUUCCAACUUUGGUAAUAUAUUUUCGGUCUUGGUUGCUUCUGCGUGGCUUCCAUACGAUCCUAUGCUCCCGCUGCAGCUCCUUGUUCAGAAUCUAUUGUAUGAUUUCUCUCAGGCAUCAAUUCCUUGGGAUAAUGUUGACCCCGAGUACUUGGUGGCCCCGAGGACAUGGGGAGCGAAAUCAAUCAUUCGUUUCAUGGUUUGCAUGGGUCCCUUCUCGAGCCCUUUUGAUAUCAUCACAUUCUCUAUCAACUGGUUCCACUACGGCAUUCGUACACUCGACAACCCACUCGUUCCCCUUGCACAAACGAAUUGGUUUCUCGAGGGGUCUCUGACGCAGCUGUUGAUUAUUCACUUCCUACGAACAGGCAAGCUCCCCUUCAUCCAGUCCCGCGCGUCUCUCUCAGUCGUUAUUACCACCUUCGGUAUCGCUGGUAUUGCUAUUGCAAUCCCAUACAUUCCGAAGGUCAACACUGCCCUGAAGAUGACCCCACCUGAGCCCAUGUUCUACGCGUACCUGGUAGGGACGGUCUUUGGCUAUGCUUUGGUCGUGCAUAUUGCCAAAACACUUUAUCAACUUGCGUUCAAGGAAUGGCUUUAG